UAUGGACACAGGAGAUGUGAAUCAAUCUAUAAGAAUUAGAAACAGCUCAUUGAAGCUAAUGAUAAUGUUUCUGGAGAUCAUCUUACGUUCCACUACUCGCUCCGCGUAGUCCCUUUUCUGUAUCCAACACUUACGACUCGCCUAACUUUCCAAAGCCCUCGACAGUGCUACACAGUGGCUUUAUCACGCCUCAUCAGUAUCAGUACCUGUUCGCAAUGAUUGCAAAACAGUAUGAGGAUUACUCUGAAGAGUAUCUCUUCCCAGGGUCAGAUGUCUUACAACAGCCCUCGGGAGUCGACACGACAUUGCCACCCAUCUACUCAAAGAGAGUCUUGAUAUUUUCUACCGAUGAUACUCUGGACCCAGAAAAUGACCGUGCAGAAGCUGUUCGAGCCCUACGCCAGGCAAUGCAGGCUACUGUUGAGCAAUACCCAGUUCUGGGCAAUGGAGUCAGCUGUUCUUCGGGUGCUUGGAAAUUUUUCCCCGGUCAGGCUCGACUUCUCGUUAAAGAGCUGCCAAUGACUUAUAAAGAGUUAAAGAAUGCAAAUUUCUCAUCAACUUUACUGCAAGGAGAUGUCCUGACUUCAGUACCUGAGAUGGCUGAUUUAGAAAAUGAUUGGGAUUGCUGCAGAAUUCAGGCGAACUUUAUCAAAGGGGGACUCUUGCUAUGUGUUUCGAUCUUUCACCUUGCAAUGGAUGGUGCUUCCAUCACACAAUUUAUUCAAGACUUGGCUCGAAAUAGCCGUGCCAAACAACCAACGACGAAGAAAAGUCCAGCUGCGCUUGAUCGCUCUCGACUUUCGCUUUCUAGCUCCGUUCCAGAUAUCACCAAGAUGCCCGCUUACCUUAUAGCAUCUGGAACUUCUGGUUCUGCUUUCAGAACUGCCGGUUUUAAUUCUUCAACAAUGUACCAGUUUACGAACGAAUCUUUAUCUCGCCUUAAAUCAGAUUGCUCCGCGAAUUUACCAGCUGAAUGCCAAUGGAUAAGUACUCAAGACGCAGCUUGCGCACUUGUCUUUCGUCAAAAAGUCAAAGCUCGCCUUGCGGCGGGUAUUAUUAAACCUACAGAUCUGGUACAAUACUCAUUCCCUGUAGAAUUUCGAAGUAUAAUCGAUCCACCAUUACCGUCAGAUUUCGUCGGCAACGCUGUUCUUAUCACAUCCACCCCUUUCAUGACUGUUGAGCGUCUUCUCGAACCUGAUGGUCUCUCACUUACUGCAGGAGCCAUUCGUCAAGCUGUCAAAUCUGUUGAUGCCGCCUUUGUCGACAAUGCAAUUGCGGUGAUGAAUGACAAACCUGAUGGUGGAUUUCUUACAUAUUAUGGAGCGAUUCAUUGUCAGACAACGGGAUUCUUUUCCACGACGUAUAAAAGUUUUGUUAUGCCAGAUAAGUGGCACAGGGCGAUUGGCAACUAUGAACUUAUGAGGUUACUUCAUGGCGGGCUUGGAGAUGGUCUGUUUAUGAUUAUGCCUGUGCGGCAGACGGGGUGGGAAGUUAUUGUAACGUUGGCUGAAUCGGCCAUGGAUAAUUUUGAAGAUGAGGAGUGGAGGAAAUAUGCGGUGAAAAUACAGCUUUGAUGUUACUGCUCAUCUAUAAAUUUGUACAUAAGGUGGUCUUGGUAAUUUUUGAUCGUUAGUAGGAGGAGUCAUUAGAAUUGGCGUAUUGGAGCAAGGGAUUCCUAUGUAAGACUACCUCGCGUAAUUUUUCAGGUUUAAGCUUCGUGAUCAAUUUCUUACUUCAUA